AUGGGACGCUACAGCUGCUUCCACAGGAGGAAUAGAAAGGUAUCCUCUAUCUUUCGCACCGUCCACAGUGGAGAAUGCAGCAGAGACAGAGAGUCUUUGUCGAGCUCAAUGAGUGUCCUGAAGAGUUCAGUGUCAGAUCUCACUUCAUCUGUCGCAUCGCUUUCUUCUCAACUAUCAGUCAUGCGGCAGCAGGAUAUGAAGAGCUUGACUGACAGUUUGAAUUCUGCAGUAUCGACGUUGACAUCCAAACUGAAUGAUGCAGUUAAAACGCAGGAUCAGAAACAGACUGAAACCGAACGAUCGCUGGACAGUUUGAAGUCCUCCAUACAGUCUGACCAACAGAGCAAACAACGAGACUUCGAGUCUCUGUCGAGCUCAUUAAGUGUCCUGAAGAGUUCAGUGUCAGAUCUCACUUCAUCUGUCGCAUCUCUGUCCUCUAAACAACAGAUCUCUGAGGACAGAGUCAUGAACGCUCUGAAGGAUCUGAAAUCUAACAUGAGAAACAAAACAGCAGACGUCCCUGUAACCUGUAAAUCUGGCUGGAUAUUGUUCAAAAGCAGCUGUUUCUUGUUCUCCAGUAAUAAACUCAGCUGGACUGGGGCACGAGAUUACUGCAAAGCACAGGGGGCGUUACUCCUCAAAAUAGAAGAGGACGACGAGGAGUGGGCAUUUCUAAACAAACAUACCAUACCCGAGCACUACUGGGUCGGUCUAACAGAUCAGGACACAGGCCAGUGGAGAUGGGCGGAUGACAAUCCUUACACAAUGAACAAAGAACGCUGGGCUCCCGGGCAGCCGGAUGACUGGAAAGAACACGGACUGGGAGAGGAAGGAGAGGAUUGUGGGGAAUUUAUAUAUACUGGGAAACUAAAUGACAGCCACUGCUCCAGAAAAACUAAAUUCAUUUGCAGAGUGUAGAUCUGAAUCUGAAAAGAGCUGUG